UAUGAAAUCAAUUAGAUAAAGGUUGACUCCAACUAAAAUCAAAUUAAAAGAUGAUACAAACAUAAGCAGAGUUUGUUGUGUCAAUCAUUCAAAUAAAAGUGCUAAGUAUUAUGUGGCAAAAGAUAAUUCUAUAUAUCUAUGUUCUAAAUGUGCAGUGUAAAUGAUGGGAAAAGGAUAAAAAGUUGAAUAGAUGCCAGGUCUUGAAGAAGAAUAUAGAAAGAAAUAAAUAAAUCAAUUUAUCAAUUAGGUAAAUAACAAUAUUCCUCAUAUUGAUAAAAUGAUGAAUGCUUUAAUUACAAAAAGAGAUGACAUUUCAAAAUACUAUGAAUAACAAAAAGAAAAAGUUGAAAAGUUUCAUACUCAAAUAUUCUAAUAAUUAGAAGAAGAGAAAAUGAAAAAGUUAUAAUAGUUAUACAAUAAUUUUAAGAAUGUAUCAAAAUAAUAUGAUGAAAGCAUUUAAAGUUUAUAGUAAUCUAAAUCUGAAACAAUGUGUAUGAAAAAGGAUAUUGAAUGUAAUCUAAAUUAAAUUAUCAAAUAAAUUUAAAAUGAACCUUUUAAUGAAAUUAUGGCUAGUUAUCAUAAAAAUCUACAAAUAUUUAUUGGUAAAACUGAUCUUAUAGCCAAAACUCCAAUUGAAGUACUUAAAGUUACAUUAAAUGAACCAAUUAAUUUAAGUCAUCUAAUUUCAAUUCAAUAAUUAAAAACAUGUUUAAUAAAAAAAAACGUUUAAGAUUAAAAUAGUAAGUAAGAAUCCAAUGAUAGUGUAUAUUAAAGUUUAGAAAAGAAAGAAUAUUCUACUUAACCAAAAGUAAGUAGAAUGGCUUUAUCUUCAGUAAAGACUCCAAAGUAGGAUUAUAGUAUUAAAAAUGUUGCAUCAUUUGAGAUAACAAGUGAAGAUUGUUAUGAAGAAGGACAUUCAUAAAUGAUAGAGAGAGAUGAUGUAGAGAAUUCAUAUUAAAUGAUGUUAUUAGAUUCACAUUCAGAUCAAGAAGAUAAGAAACCUGAAUAAGAUAUAUUAGGAUCAUUUGGACCUAUUUAAAUAAAUAAUUCUAAAACAAAUAAUAAUAUAUUAUAACCAAAUAAUAAUAAAGUAUUGGUAUCAAAAAUAAUAGAAAGAAACAAUUAAAAAAAUGAUAGAAAUAUAGAAAAAAAUUAUAUGUUUAAAGCUGCAAAUACAUCCCUUAAGAUUGUAUGA